AUGUUUUGGAGGUUUGGCGGUUACGCCAACAUAUCCACCAUCGACACUAUCCUCGACAAGCCCGACUUUACCCUCGAGGAGCUGCUCGAUGAGAGCGACCUGAUCCAGGAGCUCAAGCAGCACAACUCCAAGCUCAUCGAGUAUCUGCGCGGCGACAAUGUCCUCGAGAACCUUCUAGAGUACGUCGUCGCUCCCAAGUUGGAGACGGUCGAGACCCCCGAGGAGCCCGCGGACGAGGAAGACAAGGCCAAGAACCGCCUGCUGCCCUUCUCGCGAUCGCGCGCAUCCUCCCGCGCCACCGACCCCGGCAACGAUGAUGAGGAGGAGCAGGAAAAGAAGCGCAACCGCUACGCUUUUGUGGCCUGCGAGAUUCUCAGCUCCGAUACCUGGUCCAUCUACGAGGCCCUGGCCGAGAACCGCCAAUUGAUACGCGAUUUCUGGAAGUUCUUGUCCCGCCCUGCCCCGCUCGACCCCCUCCAGGCCAGCUACUUCACCAAGGUCAAUGAGUCUCUAUUUGAGAAGAAGACCGAGGACAUGAUGGAGCUCUUGAUGAGCCUGUCAGAUGCCGUCCCCAACCUGCUGAGGCAUGUCGAGUGCCCCAUGAUUAUGGACCUCUUGCUCAAGAUUAUUGCCUUGGACCGUAAUGAGGGUGGCCAGGGUGUUGUCGAGUGGCUUUACUCCAAAGACAUCAUCCCGACACUCCUCUCCUGUCUGAGCCCCGAGAACAACUGGGUUGUCCAGACGGCUGCUGGUGACUUCAUCAAGGCCAUCAUCACCAUCUCGGCGAAUGCUUCCCAGAACGAGCAGCAGUGCAUUGGACCCAACGAGCUUACUCGCCAGCUCGUGUCCAAACCAUGCAUCGAGCAGCUCAUCGGCUACAUGCUCGGCGGUGGCAACCCUCUUACCGUCGGUGUCGGCAUCAUAAUUGAGGUGAUUCGAAAGAACAACUCUGAUUAUGACCCGGAUAUGGGCACUGAGGCUAGUGCUGUGCCCUCCAGCCGCGACCCAAUCUAUCUGGGCACACUUCUCCGCCUGUUUGCCGAGAAUGUGCCCAAGUUCAUGAGCUUGAUCAUGGACGUUCCUUCACAGAAGGACAAGAUUAACUCUACGUUUGGUGCCAAGCUGGAACCGCUCGGCUUCGACCGCUUCAAGACGUGCGAACUCAUGGCCGAGUUGUUGCAUUGUAGCAACAUGGGUCUGCUCAACGAGCCGGGCUCGGAGGAGUUGAUUGCCACCCGUGAUACUGAGCGACAACGUCUACGGACCGAGGGCAAGCUUGGCCCGAUGAAGGAGGAGGACCCUUCCACCGACGACUUGACUAUGCGACGAGCCGCACCCGAGGAAGGUCGACGUCUGGAGGUUACGAACGCAGAUGAUGAUGGCUUUGAGGAGGUUGAGCCCAGCAAGGAGAUGAGUGAGGAUACUUCUCACGAGUUUGUGCAGGCUGAGGUUGAUAUUCCCCCCGUUUCCACCACCUCGUUCUCCGGUAAGGAUGAGGACGAUUUUGUGGACGAGCCACUCAGCCCUACACCAGGCGCCGAAGCGAACAAGACCAAGGGUACCCGUUUCGACGAGCCUGAUCUGGUUGUUGCGCCUUUGUCACCUACAAAGCCCAAGGCUCCUGAGCCUGCGACUGAAGAGCCGGCCAAGGCUGAGUCGGCUGAGAAGCCUGAAGCGAAGGAAGCAAGUGGCAAGUCAGAGGAUACAAAGACGGGAGAUACCGACGCAGCUGCCAAGGACGAAGCUUCUGACUCUUCGGUGAUGCUCACCCCGGCUCCCUCUGAGCCCGAUACCAAGCCUGAGUCGGCUGAUGCGUCGGCAAAGGACGAACCCAAGGCCCGGAGCUUCUCGCCUCACCCUGAGGAUCUCCCCGCGCCCCUCUUCUCGGCCCCUCCCGCACCUGAGUCUGGCGCCGACCGACCCCCUCAGGUGGCCGAGGCUCAGUCUCAACGCGCCCUGGCGGAUGAAUCCAUUACUGAGGCCAAGAAGGAGCAAAUUGGGGAUGAGACAGCUGGGGAGCAGCUUGCUGAGCAGGAUGCUGGCAUUGACCCCGUUGUUGGAGACUUUUUGAAGAUGCAGUUUGUCGAGUAUCGUGUUGUACCGACGAUUCUUUCUUUCUUCUUUGCAUACCCCUGGAACAACUUCCUGCACAACGUUGUGUACGAUAUUGUCCAGCAGGUCUUUAACGGUCCCAUGGACCGUGGGUUCAACCCUAACCUGGCCGUGUCUCUGUUUGAGGCGGCCGAUGUUACAAGUGCCAUCAUCAACGGCCAGCAGGCCAGCGAUGAGUCUCAGGCCAAGACCAAGACCCGAAUGGGCUACAUGGGUCACCUCACGCUGAUUGCCGAGGAGGUUGUUAAGUUCACUGAGCGGCACCCCCCGGAACUGCUCUCGGAAACGGUCCUUGACCGAGUUAUGAGCCAGGAAUGGAUCAACUACGUGGAGGGGGCGCUCGCCGAAACCCGCGAGAGGGAUAAUGCCAUCCUCGGCGGCGUCCGGCCAGAGGUCGCUAUGGGCAACCGGGCCAUGGGCGGCAACCUUGGUGGCGUGGGCCUGUCCGGCCUGGGUGGAAACUCGGGCGCCGGCUCCAGUGCCCUGGCCGAAGCCGGUCUCAACGGCGGUAUCGAGCUGAACCAGGACAGUGGGAACGGGAUCGGACCCUUUACCAUCAGCGCCGGCACGUUGAUGUCUGGCUUUGGCAGCAGCAGUGAUGAGGAAGACGAAGACGGAGAUGGAGACGAGGAAGAUGUCAACUCUGAGGUGAGUGGUGUUUCUGCUGAAGGCUUUGGCGAAGGGGGCAUCCCUGGAUAUCCUGGCAUAGUGGACUCCCCUGAAGACGUGAUCAUGGGUUCUCCUGAGCCUAUGCGAGCGGAUUCUCCGGACGACGAUGAACGACUGGACGUUACAAUGACUUCGCCUGCGGAUUGGGCUAACUCUGGGGCUCCGUUACACGGGGAUGGACGGCGCGACUCAGAAGAUCCGCAUGCUGAGCAGUUCCGAGCUUAUACGGACCCCCUGAACAAUUCGGCCGGGUCGAUGGAGCCGCCAUCGAUCCCUCCUCCUCCUCCACCACCUCCUCCGCUGAACAUUCCCCCUUCUCGAGCUCGGCUGCAACUGGCGGCGCGGUUGGCGAUGCACCAGAAGAACAGCCAGGCACAAUCAUCGGGCAACCUAAGUAACGAUGACGAUGAUGACGACGACAACCCUACGGAUCCCUUUGCGGAUACGGAAGAGGAUUUCGACGAUGAUGACCAGCAGGCCAUAGGAAAGGGCGCAUGGUGGCGGGACGUUGUGAGAGACCGGGGAGGCAAACUUGAUGGUAACGAAUCUGACGAUGAGCGCGACGAUGAUGAUGACGACGAGUUUGGAGACUUUGCCAUGGCAGAAGAUGACCGAGCUGGCGAGGAUAACGAGCAGAGGAUGGUAUUUCGGCCACUAGCCGUGAACCCGGCAAAGGAGGGGUCAACGAGAGGACUCAGCGGUCUCUGGCCAUUUGGACUCUCCAAGGCAGAGAAGGAGAAGGAGGGAAGCAAGUCAACAGCCAACGACGAUGACGACAAUGGCGAUGACAAGACAGGCGAGGGUGUGAGCAAGGCCGUGGAGGUCAAGGAAGCCAAGCGGAGGACGAGCAUCGAGGACCCCGACGAUGACGACGAGGUUGUG